CUUCUCCUCCCUUUUUCCCACCCAGCAGCUCAUCGGACUGCAAAGAAAGAGAAACAAAGAAGAAAGGGGUUGGGAGAAGCAGAGGGAUGCAGGGAGCAGCAAUCAAACUCAGCCACAGCCAGUGUAUAGCUGAGGCUCUUAUUGCUGAGAGAAUCACAGCUCAACUCUGCACAGCUUACACGACAGCUCAAGCAAUGAGAAGGAAGAGACAAACAAUCCCCUUCAUCCUCAUGAUCCUGGCUAUGUCCAGGCUUUGCUAGAAGACCCAAGGCACUGACAGAUGUAUUUUUUUCAUCGUAUUGACAGUCUGGAGCACAUGGAUGCUGAACAAGAGAAGAAGUUUACGGAGGCAGAAUAGGACCUACUAGAUGCUUGAUCCUUGUAUAUUACUUGGUAGCUGUUGCUAUUCUUCGCUUCUUAUUCCUUUUUAGUCUCCAAAGACCGUACAAAUAAUUCAAUUUUCAGAAAUUAAUUGGAGCUAAUGCCUUAACAUUUGUUCUUCUAGAGCUACUGACAUGACUUGAAUUGGGUUCAAUAUGUUUUGGAGCUGGAAGUCACAGUAGGGGUCUCUAAUGAUUCCCCAGCACUGAUAGGUCACCAGCUGAAGCAUUUAAAUGGAUUUACUUUGGUGAAAGGGAUUUCUCCAUGAUCUGAAUCGUGUGCUUCAGUAUAUAUUUAUUUUAAUUCUGGAUACAAUAAAGGGAUAUUUGUGAUUUAAACACAAUAAGGAACAGAGCAUAUUUUUUGAAGUUUAUUAUAACUCCAGAAUGAGGAUUCACUUGCAAGAGAAAAUCGUAGGGCAAUUGAGAUGCUGGCUUGUUUAGUAUGUUAUAAGGAUAUUUUUCAUGUUCUGCUUUUCCCACAUUUUCCUGGAUUGGAAAAUAGGAUACAUUUUGCAUUUAUGAAGUUUUUAUUCUUUGCUUGAAUUGUAUUCACCUUUCUUCACUCCAGGAUGAAGUCUGUUUUCUAUAGUCGCUUCUUCAUUCUUCUUCCUUGGGUACUGAUUGUUGUUAUUAUUAUUGAUAUUGAUACUAGGAAACCAUCCAACUCCAGCAGAGUACCCACCGCCCGCUACUACUCUCCAUACUGGAGACGCAGGAUUGGUCGCGCAGCUUUAAUGCGACCCCAGCCAAGUGACACCAGUAUGGGUACAUGGACAACUAAUCAGGAGCACCUAACCAGUCUUAAUUCUCAUAAGGGAAAGAAUGACUCUCUUCCCGUUAUAUAUGCCAUCACCCCCACGUACAGUCGACCUGUUCAAAAAGCAGAACUAACUCGACUGGCUAACACAUUCCGUCAGGUGCCUCGGUUACACUGGAUAGUAGUAGAGGACUCUGCUCAGUCAACAGAUUUGGUAAGGCGAUUCUUGGCCAGGGCAGGUGUAAGGGCCACCCACCUGCAUGUUCCCACACCACGGAGGUACAAAAAAUCGGGUUCACCUCGAGCUACUGAACAGAGGAAUGCAGGAUUAGCUUGGCUACGACAACAAUACCAACCCCAGAGGUCAUCAGUCCAGUCACCUGCACAACAGGAGUACCCCGCAGGUGUUGUCUUCUUUGCAGAUGAUGACAACACAUAUAGUCUGGAGCUUUUCCAGGAGAUGCGCUCAACUCGGAAGGUUUCAGUGUGGCCAGUUGGCCUUGUUGGAGGAAGACGUUAUGAACGGCCAGUUGUAGCAAAUGGGAAAGUUGUGGGCUGGUACACCGGAUGGAGAGCAGACAGACCAUUUGCCAUUGACAUGGCUGGAUUUGCAGUCAGCCUACAAGUGAUUCUUUCAAGCCCCAAAGCAGUAUUUAAACGACGAGGUUCUCAGCCAGGAAUGCAAGUUGAUUUUUUAAAGCAGAUAACCAAGGUGGAAGAACUUGAGCCAAAAGCCGACAACUGCACAAAGGUUCUAGUGUGGCAUACACGAACAGAAAAGGUAAAUCUAGCUAAUGAGCCCAAACAUCCUAAGGAUACAAUUAAAAUUGAGGUAUGAUAGUCAAAUGUCAUCACAUGGAAUCCUGAAAAGUGGACACCAUAUGGAUCUUUCGAUGUGGACCUUAAAAAUGAUGAGGAGCUGCCAUUCCUUCACCAUAUUGAUCAUGGCUUGGCUUUCAGCCAAAGCUUCAAGUCACUGGAAUAAAGAGAACUAAAGACACUGUGCAUUUAACCGAAGAAGCUACUGGGCCUCAGACUCCGGGUGCUGGGAAGUUCACCCCACACUUCUACUGCAGGACCAAGGAAAACAAAUGAGCUAUACCAUAGCUUCAAAGCAUACCUAGACAUUUACUCCAUAGUCCAAGGAUCAGCUAAUGUUGCCUGAAGUCAACAUAAAAACGUGCCCCCUGCCUGUGUUGUGUUUGAUAUUUUACAGCUUGUAUGUUUUUUGUACAAUGACUGCAUGUGUCAUCCCAUCACCUAAAUGCUUUUAGACAAACCAGCAGCAGGAUAAUUUGGAAGUGUGUUUGAUUUGGCCCUACGUGAUAAAAGUUAAAAUGGUUACUUAUUUUACAGAACAUUCCACUUAAAAACUACAGCACACAGAUUAACCAUUUGCCUUGUCGGUACUAAGUAAUAAACUAUAAAGCCUGAAGGGCUGCAUUAAAUACAAACAAUCUGUAGGUUCAUAGAUUAAUACAUGGGAGAAAACAUCUCAUUAAUACUAGGCACCUUAAAAUGUAAACACGAUCACUGGCAUAAAUCUGGAGUGCCUUUUAGGGAGAGACCUGUGUUUACUUCACGGGAAGAGUGAAAAGUCCAUGUGUGAAGCUUGUACACAUUCUUAUACAUUUUUUUUUUUUAGCUCUGAUUGUAAACAGAAAUUUGUCAGUUCCAUUAUCUUAACCCCAAUUUUUCAAAGCAUGUCAUCCAGACUUAUGUUGCUUUCAUGUAUGGUGGUACUUGUUCAGCACACCUUAAUUACAUCACAGCUAAUGAUAAAUGAACAUCCAAAAAAGAUACACAAGUAAUGGUGUCUGGCGAUACAUUUACAAUCAAUCUGACAAAGCAGUCAUAUCUUGGUAUGACUAGAUUUUUGUUUUGAAUAACCAAAGGGCAAUUUGGGAUUGGGUGCUAGGUUAUUGCAUUAGGAAAUUGGAAAACACCAAUUAUAUCCAGUCCCUUUAAACCAUAGCACAAUAAAACAUGUUAGAACACGUAGGUUUAUAAACAGUUAAAAAUCCUGAAAAAGUAUUGAUAUGUAAAUGUACCUUUUUUCCCCACUACCAUCAGACCUGACAAGGUGACUGAACAAGCCUCUUUAUGAACAUUUGGAAGAGAGCUUAAUAUAUACAUAUUUAAAACAAGGGGUAUUGGUGUGCAUUAAAGCAAGGAAUGUCAAAUGGUUCCUCUUGAUGAAGUCUCAUGGGCUCUUCUCAUUUCCAUAGUUGUGUACUUAGAGUCUGACCAGUGGCAUUCCCUGACCAUCCCGCUCCGACAGUGUUUGCUGGCUGACCAAAUCCCAUCAUAUUGCUUGCUCCAUUCAGAUUCAUUGCACUCAUCUGUUGAUUCAUCUGUAAAGCACAAGAAUAGUAUGUUAGUUAAAACACAAGCACAACCAGCAGCUGCAUGGAUUUCCAGUGCAUGGCUGACGUUAUUCUGUCACACUUAGAAGCUGUUCCAUUUAAAGCAGCCUUGUAAUGAGAGAUCUCUGCGGUCAUGUGAGGAUUGUGAAUGCCACAAUCUAUGAAAAGCUCAGAACUAGUACAAUAUAUGUGUAAAACCAUUACCAGCACACCUCUAUCAAAAUUACAUUGUUACCUUUAUAUGUAAAAUUUGUCAUUGUGGAAACCUUUACAAUUACACCUUUAUAGUCCUGUUCACUAUUUCUAUCCUUCCAAAUAUCACUGCAGCCUUACCCCUGUUACACAAUUCUUAGUUUCCUUUCUAAUAACUAUUUUUGUCACUGGUGUCAUUUGAUAAGUGGACAUUAACUGAAAUCUGGGUAUCAUUAAAAGAUUACACCGAUACAUAAAAACACAGACAGGAUGGUCAUCUGGAUAUUAUAUAUUCUUUUAAUAGAAGCCUGUGAAGAAAAAAACGUAAACAUGAUUUUUUUCAUAUAGUGCCUACUAGGUCUUGCCUAUUGUCUCAUUUGCGUAAAUAAAUUAUUGUAAGCACA